GCUCCGCUGCAGGUCACUGGAAAGCAGCUUGUGGCACUGUAGACAUUCACAAAAUGCCUUAUUUUACAAAACUCAUUUUGUUCUUGUUUUGCCUGAUGGUUCUUGUGGACAGCAGAAAGCCCAAGAGGAGGAGAGGGACAGGGCAGCUGGAAAUGCGCAAGCCAAGCCACCUUUAUAAGAAGAAUCCGGAUGUGACCAAAAUCCGGAAAGGAAAACCUCAGCAGCUGCUCAGAGUGGAGGACCACGAUUUCACCAUGAGGCCUGCCUUUGGAGGCCCUGCCAUCCCGGUGGGUGUAGAUGUGCAGGUGGAGAGCCUGGACAGCAUCUCGGAGGUGGACAUGGACUUCACUAUGACCCUGUAUCUGCGGCAUUACUGGAAGGACGAGAGGCUGUCCUUCAGCAGCACCAGCAACAAGAGCAUGACCUUUGAUGGCCGGCUGGUAAAGAAGAUCUGGGUCCCCGAUGUCUUCUUUGUUCACUCCAAAAGGUCAUUCAUCCAUGACACCACCACCGAUAACAUCAUGCUGCGGGUGUUCCCGGAUGGGCACGUGCUGUACAGCAUGAGGAUUACGGUCACUGCCAUGUGCAACAUGGACUUCAGCCACUUUCCCCUGGACUCCCAGACCUGUUCUUUGGAGCUGGAAAGCUAUGCAUAUACAGAUGAAGAUCUGAUGCUGUAUUGGAAGAAUGGGGACGAAUCCCUGAAAACAGACGAGAAGAUCUCCCUGUCUCAGUUUCUAAUUCAGAAAUUUCACACCACUUCCAGACUGGCCUUCUAUAGCAGCACUGGCUGGUACAACCGUCUGUACAUUAACUUCACGCUGCGUCGCCACAUCUUCUUCUUCCUGCUCCAAACCUAUUUCCCUGCCACCCUGAUGGUCAUGCUGUCCUGGGUGUCCUUCUGGAUCGACCGCAGAGCUGUGCCUGCCAGAGUGUCACUGGGAAUCACCACGGUGCUGACCAUGUCCACCAUCAUCACGGGCGUGAACGCCUCCAUGCCGCGCGUCUCCUACGUCAAGGCCGUGGACGUCUACCUCUGGGUGAGCUUCGUGUUCGUGUUCCUGUCGGUGCUGGAGUACGCGGCCGUCAACUACCUGACCACGGUGCAGGAGCGGCAGGAGCGGAAGCUGCGGGAGAAGUUCCCGUGUAUGUGUGGAAUGCUUCCCUCAAGAACCAUGAUGCUGGAUGGAAGCUACAGUGAGUCUGAGGCCAACAGCUUGGCUGGAUACCCGAGAAGCCAUAUUCUGACAGAAGAAGAGAGACAAGACAAAAUAGUGGUCCACCUGGCCCUGAGCAAUGAAUCCAAUUCCUCCAGGAAGAAGGGGCUUCUGAAGGGCCAGGUGGGUCUUCGCAUCUUCCAGAACACCCACGCCAUUGACAAAUACUCCAGGUUGAUAUUCCCUGCCUCCUACAUAUUUUUCAACCUAGUUUAUUGGUCAGUGUUUUCCUAGGGGCUCCAAGGCUGUGCCUGGCAAAGGGCCUACAUGUCUAUGGGGCCUGGCCAGCCAUCCGCACAUGGACCUGCUGACCAUGCUCCUCUCAGCAAACAGAACAGCAGCCCCUUGACUCCUGUGAGCAGUGUCCCCUCCUGGAGGAGCUCUACUGCCUUUUCCCCACCUCAUGGGUUUGCCCCUCAUUCCUGUUGUGCUAUGUCCCACUUUAUGUCUCUCUGGGAUUGUCUUCUGUUCUUGUGUGUGAACAGGUUAUGGAGCCUCCUUCUAUUAAAAAAAAAAGGCUCAAAUGCCUUCCAGAUGUUCUGAGACCCCUAAAAAGCCUAGGAUUUUGUUGUGGAGGCAAAAGGGGAAAUGAAGGGCAAGCUCAGGGGCAUUCUGGACAGGAGAUGGGAAAUUGGGAUUCAAAAUCGGAAUAAAACAUCUGUAAACCCAUUCAACUGGAUUAAGUGCUUACUAAGAAGGAAAAGCCUCAGAUCCUAGAGAGGAAAUAAUUUGAUCUGUGUGAGUCUGGCAACUGGCAUUAGUCUGCAAUGUUAAGGGACAUUAUUCAUUCAUCCAUCCAUUCAACCAUUUAUUAAAUAUUCAUUGCCAGGUGCUGUGGAAAUGAACAACUAGAAGGUCUCUUUUCAAAGAAAACUCCUCUAAGCCUGUGCUCAUUCUACAUCUGGCAGAAAGUACUUCUGCUCUUCUCCCGCCCUCUGCCUCCAGUUUCCCCACAGACCCAUUCUGUUGCUGGUACUUUUCCUGCUAGGUCUGUCUAGAAAAGCAUUUCCUGUCUCUUAGGAGGCCCUCAUGAAGCCAGCUCAAUGCUUUUCUCCCAGAACCUCCAUGCAGGAGAAGCCUAGUGCUGGGGAGAGGGACAGGGACUAGAGAAUUUGUGACUGCAGAACCUGAUCUGGGGGCAGAAGGAGACAUGGGUCUGCUGCAGAAAUUUAUUUCAGAUGCCAUCUUACCUCCCUCUCUAUGCUUCUACAGUAGGUGUGCUCAGUAAUCCCUGUGUCCAAGCCCUGCUCCCACCCUGGGGAUCCCCCCUUUACCUGUGCCUACCAGAGUGCCCCACACUCUAGAAUAAUUUCUCCCCUACUCCCACAGUGAGUGACUCUUUCCUCAAAUGCCGCUAAGCUCAGAUUAGGAAAACAGUCUGAUUUGUUGAAUCUUCAGUAAAUUGUGAACGACCAUUUCCCUAGUUAAUCUCUAGUAGAAUCUCUAAUUAGUAGACGAUGUAAUCUUGAGAAGGGGUCUUUUUCUUUAAAUCACAGUACUUGGAA